CAGUCGCGUUCGUAGUGUUCGCCAUGGAGAACUUUGGCAUCGCAUCGACUUUACUACUACUUCUACUGCUCCAGCUGGUGGGGAGUGGUCGAGGUGACCUGCUGCCCGGUCAGCCGGCCAUUGACCUGCGGAUCCAGGCCCAGGAGCAGCUGAUCUCGCAAAACAAUGAUAGCCUCUAUGUCCAGCGAUUGAUGAGGCUUUCCAAGUCCGCCGAGAUGCGCAGCUAUAUGCAAUCGGGCGUGGAGGCUUGCGACAAUUUCUACGACUAUAGCUGCGGAAAUUGGCCACAGAUCAACCCGGCCAUCAAAGCCUAUCCCAGGGAGACCAACAUGGAGCAGUUGCUGGUCAAGGCAUAUCGCCACAAGCAACAGAGAUUGAUGGAGCAGCCGGCGGAUGAGGAAACGGAUGAGGUGGCAGUGCUCCGCCUUAAAGAGCUAUACGCCAGUUGCCUUCUCUACCGUCAAGCUCCAGAGGAUCUCUAUCGCCGAGGUCUCCGAGAAAUUGUGGCGGAAUUUGGACGCAUGCCUGCCUUGAGUCUUCCCGGACAGGAUUGGCCAGCCGAGGAGUUCGAUUGGCAAGACACCGUGGCCAGGAUCAAACGAAAGUACGGCUUUGAUAUUCUUCUGCUCUUCCAGUUGUCUGGGAACCGCAUCUACGUGGGUCAGCCCGAGCAGAUACUUUCGGAGCCCAAUAGACAGGAUGUGGCUGAUGGGACAGCUUACCAUUUGGAGCGGCACUUGGGCGUGGAGCCGGAGCUGGCCAAGACAACGGCUAGGAAUAUCACAGACUUGGAACAAAAGAUUGCGAGGAUUAUGGUAAAUCGCAGAGUUGGUGUAAUGUCUCAAAUACACACUCCAAAUGCAAAUGACACGUCCUACGAUGAUAUCGUUAAUAUCACCCAAUAUGUGAAAACUGUCCUCGACCGGGAACUUGAAGCCAAUGAGACUCUCUAUGAACAUGUUCCUAAAUAUCUGUCUGGUUUAGUUGAUGUUAUAAACUCAACAAAUCCUAACGUCCUGGCCAACUACAUCUUCAACGAGCUCCUGAAGCACUUUUACUAUGAGAGGACGGGAUCGCCCGUUGAGCAGUGUGUCAACCGGGUGAGAGAUCUUUUUCCCGAGCUCCUGGACAACAUGGUAUUUCAGCAGUAUGGAAAUGCAGAUACCCUGAGUGAUAUAGAGGCCCUCUGGCAGCAGAUUCAGCUAAGUUUUCGAGGUGUGCUACAAAACUCUACAGCCGACUGGUUGGUUCUGGAGACGCGGGAACAACUCCUGGAGCAGCUGAAUACCACCAGUCUGGUGAUCAAUGGAUAUGCUGAUGUUAACUUCACCCAGCGGUAUGGGGAUCUACAACUCAGGCCAAGGGACUAUCUUCACAACCUGAGGAUUAUAUUCAACCAUCAGAGAUUUAGUUUCAAGUUGAAGACACAGACCUCAGCCUCCUAUGAUCCUUUUGGGAAAAGAGUCCUGCUGCCGGUGGCCCUGCUCCAGCCGAACUUCCUUUGGUCCCGAUAUUAUCCGAGAGCCGUUCGUUAUGGUAGUCUGGGCACCCUGCUGGCCCACCAAUUGGCCCACAGCUUGGAAGAUGCCUCCAAGUGGGAUGACAAAUCCAUUGCCGAGUAUGCCAAGCGGAAGGCCUGCUUCAGGGAGCAAUAUGGACGGCUGCGUCUCAAUGGACAUUACUUGCCGCAGAGCGAUCUGCAGGCGGAGAAUAUAGCCGAUAAUCUGGCGAUACAGGUUGCCUACCAUGCCUACAGAAGAUUUCUGGGGGAGUUGAGCCCAUCUUUCUUGGGCUCCGAAUCACUGCCACACCUAAACCUCAGCUCAAGGAGACUGUUUUUUCUGAGCUUUAGUCAACUGUAUUGCAAUGAUGCCAACGAUGUUUUUCGGGAUAAGCAAUCUCUACUCCAGUUACGAACUCCCAAUGCCCUCCGGGUGUUAGGAGCACUGUCCAACUUCAGAGCAUUUAAGAGGGACUUCAACUGCGGCAGCGGGAGCAGGAUGACCACUCCACAGAAGUGUCAACUCUUCGCCGUUAACCUGGACUAAGAACCCCACUAUACCAUUAUGAAUUAAAUACAUAAACAAUAAAUACAAUCAAUGAUAUAUUGGGAAAUAUUAUAAUCUUUGAACUACCCCUU